AAAGUGGGGCUAGCCGCAAGCGGUGGAAAUGGUAUGAUCAGAUGGACGCUAUCUACAGCCACCGUCCGGCGAACCAGAGGGACAUGGGUCUUGACACCGCAAUGUCUUUGUUGGAGGCGAUAGAUAAUGACUUGGUUGAGGAGGAGUCCGCCUCAGAACUGGCGUCUACCUCAGAACUGGCGCCUACCUCGGAACAGUCCGAAAACGUUCCUCCCUCGCCGUCCACAGACUUCACGCCUGCAGGAGUUUCGACACCGGCGUCGGAACCGCAAGUGCUGGCUGUGAGCGCUCCACGUCCUCACGCUGGAAAGAGGAAAAGGAGCUUAUUCCAGGAACAGGGCACUGUCCUGCGUGAGCUGCAGGCGUCCGCAGAGGCCCAGCGCGAACGCCAUGAGGCGCAGCAUGUGGCCCAGCGCAAACAGCGUGAGGCACGGCGUGAGGCCCAGCAAGAACAGCGUGAGGCCCGGCGUGAGGCCCAUCGGGAACGCCUCUUUGAGCUGAUGUUGGAAGACUCCCAUGCUGCGAGGGAGUUAGAAUUCGCCGCACGAAGCCACCAGGCAGCUCAGUCUGAAGCCUUUGGGCAAGCACUACUCUGGGUGCUGGACCGGAUGGCGCAGGCGAUGGCUGACAGGAACCGGACAUCGCAGCUGUAGUGGCACUACAAACCCCUGACUCUGGGUUCCCUGAUCCCUGACUACUGCCUUUGCACAAUGCAUAGUCCACUGACUAUUGCACAA